GCGGCGGCGGCGGCGACAGCGGCGGUGGUGGCCGUAGUAGCAACAGCAAUGGGCACAUCGUCCGCGAGAGCGGAAGCCAGCGCCAGGAUGACAAGGGCCGCGAGAUUCGUGAUCUUGGGUGCCCUCGUCUGCCUCUCUUCCGGAAUUAGCCUGCCCCCCAAACACAAAGAGACAUCGUUUUGGAUGAAAUCCGGCCAAGAAAAUCUAAGACAUAUCUUAUCGUUGCAAAAUAAUCAAAACCGUGCGAAGAAUGUGAUCAUUUUUAUUGGCGAUGGAAUGGGACUGUCGACUAUAACAUCCGGGAGGAUUUACAAAGGACAACUGAAAGGCAAUACUGGAGAAGAGUAUAAACUCGUUUUCGAGAAAUUCCCUAGCACUGGCUUUUCAAAGACUUACAAUGUGGACAGGCAGGUGCCUGAUUCCGCGGGAACCGCCACCGCUAUGUUCACCGGGGUAAAAGCCCAAUAUCGGAUGCUGGGCCUCGAUGAACUGGCCAAGUACAACACGUGCGACAAGCAGGGGAACGAGAACAGCCACCUUACGACCAUCGCUACCUGGGCCCAGGAAUCCGGCAUGGAUACCGGAUUCGUGACGACGACGCGGGUAACGCACGCGACGCCCGGGGCGCUGUACGCGCACGUGAACAACCGCGACUGGGAGUGCGACACGACGGUGCCCGUCGAGCAUCGGGCUUGCAUCAAAGACAUCGCCAGGCAGCUCAUCGAGGAUGAGCCCGGGAACAAGUUCAAGGUGAUAAUGGGUGGCGGCGCUGGAGUGUUGGGCCUGACGAUGGCGGACCCCGAGCCAGAGGCGUGCAAGCGCGAGGACGGCCGCCAGCUGGUGCACGAUUGGUUGAACGCGGAUCCGGGCGCGAGGCUCGUUACCACCACCAAGGACCUUAUGGCCCUCGACCUCGCCAACGCCACCAAGCUCAUGGGCAUCUUCGGUAGCGACCAUCUGCCCUACGCCGCCGUCAAGCCCGAUCACGUGCCCAGUCUCGCGAACAUGACCCUCCAGGCCAUCAGGAUGCUCCGCAAGAACAAGAACGGCUUCUUCCUCAUGGUCGAGGGUGGUAAAAUCGAUUUGGCUCAUCAUCAGAAUUUAGCGCGGAUGGCGCUACGCGAGGUAUCGGAGCUCGACGACGCCGUAUCAACGGCCAUGCAGAACGUCAACCUCGACGAGACUCUGAUAAUCGUUACCGCGGACCACUCGCAUGCGUUCACGAUGAACGGCUACCCGGAGCGCGGCAAUGACAUCCUCGGCCUCACCCAUAACUUCGGCAGCCUUCAGAAUUACGAAACACUGAGCUACGCCAAUGGGCCCUCCUUUUAUUACCACCGUAACAACGGAUCAGGAGUUAACGACACUUGGCGUAAUCUCGAGGUGGAAAACAGCAGGACCGAUCCAUUCUACAGGCACUUUGCCGCGAGGUACAUCAAGGACGAGACCCACGGCGGAGAGGACGUCGGCGUUUACGCAAUCGGGCCGUAUUCGCACCUCUUCCGCAGCACCUUCGAGCAGAACUACAUCGCUCACGUGAUAGCUUACGCUGCCUGCUUCAAGGAUUGGCCCUCGCACUGCGACCAAGACUACAACCGCUACUUCUACGAGGUAUCGUCGCAGAGUCGCAGCGCCUCGGACCUGGCCGUCGUGAGCGUCGCGCUCUUGGUCCUCGGACUCCUGGCGCACCUCUCCCGCUAAUCACUAACUAGCCUUAUGUUGUUGAUUCACGCAGGUGGAAAACAGCUAGGCGGAGGUCGGAGGUAACACUCGUCGGACACAACUCCCUCCCCCACGAA